AAUUCUGAGUCCAGGCGGAGAGAGUAAGCGCAACUAAAGUAGCAGCCAGCCCGCAGAUCCGGGCCCGCUCUAGUACGGAAACAGCCACCAGUGUGCUGUUUGUCCUCUUAGUCCUUUCUUUUCCUUUUCUCUGCUCCCCCUAGACCCCGGCCAUGCCAAUUUAUUUGUUAUAUUUGUGUUGUCGAUAAAUGGUGCUUUUAUUUUCGUCCCUGGCUGAUUAGCGAGUGUCUGUGUUGGGCUUUCUUUUGGCUGCGCUUUUUUCUCGUGGAAAUUCUGAAGUCAUCCUUGUCACGAGACUGCACAUUUCGUAAUCAACCAAACUGACGCAUCCAAUACCACUGCACUACGGAGCGAAAACAGAGGAGGGAAAAACGAAACAUGGCCUUGCCUACCGCCCUCCCUGCCUUGCCUUUCAAUCCGGCCCGUCUUCGAUCCUACCUUCUCCGGCUGCCGCUAUUCACGCGUGCCGUGCUCCUCGUCAUCAUCGCAUUCUGGUUGCUCGAACUACAGUCAGUAUGGAGUGUUGUGACCUGGGGGGCCUUGAUUCCGGACGAGAUGAGUAUCGGAAGCAUGUACCGAUUGAACACCUACCCCGUGAUUCAUUCCAGCUUCUUCCACGCUCUUCUGAAUACGUUGGCAUUGACCCCGUUACUGGAACGAUUUGAGGCGGAACAUGGAACUUUGACCGCAGUGGCAUUGUUCGUGGGACCACUCUCGACUUUCCCCGGUGGUCUGUACAUUUUGGUGGAGAAAUUUAUUUUACACAGCAACACAGCUGUCGUUGGCGCUAGUGUCUGGGUAUUCCUCCUUCUCGGCUCCGAAGCUAUUCGUACAUUCCGCGCAAAUCCGUACUUGCAACUGAGUGGCAUCAAGAUUCCGACAUGGACAACGCCUUUAUUUGUCUCGUUUGUGGUCGCUGUGCUUCUUUCGAAUACGAGCUUCCUAGGACAUAUUUGCGGUAUACUCAUUGGCUAUCUAUUCGGCCUAGGCUACCUCAAAGUCUUCGUGCCCCCCGAAAAAGUCGUCCGAUGGAUCGAAGGAAAGUUGAACCUUCUAGGACGACUGCCGCAUUACGUCUCCGUUGAUCAAAAGAAACAAGGGCGAUAUGGCAUUCUGCCCACGACAUCGUCGAAUAAUGAACCUGCGGUCGCCAUGAGUAAUUACAUUGGGACGUCGCAACGGUUAGGGCCAUUGUGUUCUUCGGGGCUCGUCCGCAAACUGCGCAAUGAUCCUUACCUCCUCUUCGCUCGCCUGCCUUCGUACAUCUCCUUCCUCUGCGUCGUCGUCGGCGUAGCCUCGCUGCUCAUCUUACCUCUUGAGGAAUAUUCGCGUAAAACAUACAUCUCCGAGAACGCUCUGUUGCCAGGCCAGGUGCAUACCUACUUCGCUGGGUCCGAGCAGAAUGUGUUCCGCGGUUAUAAGAAGGAGCUCGAGGGCAUUCUUAGCAAUGGGGAUGGCACCGCGACAGGUGUCGCAGAGAAUGGAACUGAGGUAUCGGACAAAGUCCAAUCGAUCUUUCGUGCGGCUGGACUGAAGGUCGCGACGCAGAAUUAUGAGUAUUCUUCUGCAGGCACCGUGCAUAAGGGACAGAAUGUGUAUUCUAUCAUCCACGCCCCACGGGGAGACGCAACGGAAGCCAUUGUUUUGGUGGCUGCUUGGAGAACUAUUGAUGGACAGCUGAACCUGAAUGGAGUCACGCUCGCGUUGACGCUGGCUAGGUAUUUCAAGCGAUGGUCGCUCUGGUCAAAGGAUAUCAUUUUCGUGAUUACCCCAGACAGCAAAUCUGGAACACAGGCCUGGAUUGAUGCAUAUCACGAUAUGCACCCUGCCUCUGUCCAGCCGUUGCCGUUGAAAAGCGGUGCCUUGCAAGGCGCCUUAGUGAUGGAAUAUCCAUUCGACCACCGCUUCGAGUCUCUACACAUAGUCUACGAUGGCGUUAACGGUCAAUUGCCCAACCUCGACCUCAUCAACACUGCCUCGGCAAUAGCUGGUGGGCAAAUGGGCAUUGGCACGAGUCUGCAAGAAAUGUGGGAACACGACAACAGUUAUGAGAAACGUCUCGAGACGAUGCUCCGCGGUAUGGCAAAGCAAGGGCUAGGUCUUGCGGCAGGUGCUCAUAGCAGUUUUAUCCCUUAUCAUAUCGACGCUAUCACGCUGCAGACAAAGGGCGAUGGUUGGCAAGAUGAGAUGGCGUUGGGUCGUACGAUUGAAAGCUUGUGCCGAAGCUUGAACAACUUGCUGGAGCAUUUGCAUCAGAGUUUCUUUUUCUAUUUGCUCAUGCAUACAUCGCGCUUUGUCAGUAUCGGCACGUAUAUGCCAAGUGCCAUGCUUAUUGCAGCGAACUUCACCAUUAUGGCUGUAGCCUUGUGGUUGAUAACCGGCUAUAGCAAGGCAAUAUCUGUUCUUUCAGCUACGCAGGCUUUAGAGGAGAAGAAGGAGAAGAAAACUGCCUCCGUUCAGGGUUCGUCCACGACAACUGCAGACCGUGCGGAAAACGCUGUAUCUGAGCGAAAUCUCUCCGUACCGUUGACUGUCGUCACAGCGCUUCAUUUCCUAGGUGUUGUGCCAUUGUACAUUCUCAACAGCAUCUCGUCCCAGCAUUUUCUUCCUGCAACCUACCUAAUCCUUUUCUCCACCAUCCUCCUCCCCAUCCUCCUCAGUGCGGCACUGUGCAGCCUCUUAACUCCAGCCCCGCAAACCUUCCUCCUAAUCAAAUCCUUUUCAUUGCUUCUUCUAGGUCUAUUCCUCAGUGUCCUCGCCACGCUCAACUUCUCGCUCUCCUUCUUCGUCGGUCUCAUCUGCGCGCCACUGAGCUUCACGGGCCCAAUUACCCUCAACAUUCUUCCGGCUCACAUGAAUAAGAAAGCCUUGCGGGUGGCAUUGACUGUUAUCUCGCUGUUACUGAUUAAUUGCCUGUCCCCGCCAGCCGUCCUGCUAUCAACGUGCUGGUACAUGCAAAUCCCUGUGCAAGAUGUGCUCACGCAGGCUGCUUUUGGCUGGAAUGUUUGGGGGCUGUGGACGCCUGUGGUUGUGUGGUGUGUGUGGUGGCCGGCGUGGUUGGCUGGGGCCUUGUUGAUUGCGAGUUCGUUGUUUGUUUGAUAGUCGACUCGAAGAUUAUACUAUCUAAGUUAUUAGCUUUGAUACUACAACGUGACUAGCAAUCAUCCAGUAAUCUAUCAAGGG